ACUACAUUUGAUGUUUAUGCACUGAAAACGCGGGUUAGGGCAUGCUCAUUCGGGACAGCUAUCUCUUCUAAAGAUUCCGCAUCACCAAAAUAUUCAGAUAUCGAGAGAUUUGAAGAGACGAAAUGCCGGUGAAAACAUACAGAUCGCUUCUGAUCGAGCUUGGAGAAUGGAUGAACACUGCCCGUCAGCACAGUUCUCCGACAAUCUCGAACUUGCUGCAACAGACAAUGGAGAUGUCGCCUCCUCCGCCGCCGACGACGGGCAGUGCUUCUUCGACGACGGCGACUACAGCUCGCAAGGGCUGGUCGCAGGUGAACGACACAAAGAACGAGACUCUGGAUAAGUUGCAUGAGACACUGCGGGGUGUUAUGCGCGAGCAAUUCCGUAGUUUGGAGAGCAGCGCGGAGCAGGAUAAGCUGUCGCAAAAGGCUCGGGAUGCGAGCGAGAUCUUGCUCUACCUCCGCAGCCAACGCACGUAUAAGGCACUACUCGAUAAAUACAACCCGACCGCGACACUGGAAGACCACGAACGGAUAAGACUUACGGCGCGAAGAGUCGGUCUUGAAUUGCCAAAAGACAUUGAGGAGCGCUUCAAGACGGAGGAAGAAAGCACGCCGGAGGAGAACGAGGCAGAGGGAGCAGAGAAGACAGAGACGAAGAAAUGAUAAGCUAGAGUCUGAUAAUCAACUUGUACAUAUACAUCAAAUAGUUCAAAUAUAUACUGUGAAAGCAGUCUGAGACAGUA